AUGGCGGUGGCGGCGGCGGCAACGGCGCCCGCGACGGUGGACGACGAGAGGCCCGAGGAGAAAGAGAUGGACUUGCUCCUCAGCGAGAUCCCCCAGGUCACCGCCCCGCAAGGACACCGCCUCGGCGGCGGCGGACCGCCGCCGCGCCAUCACGGGAACUCCACCCCGCGCCAUCACGCCCACGGCGGGGACGCGUACUACGCCAUCGCCAUGACUAGCCGCCGCGAUGACGGUGGCCACCUGCCGGGCGGCGGCGGCGGCGGCGGCUUCCGCGUGUACCCGGCGCCUCCAAGCCCGUUCGUCGGCGGCGCGCCGACCCCGCUGCCGCAGGCGGCGGACGACCCGGCGGAGAAGCUGUGGCUGGCGAACCAGUUCCGCGGCCUGCUCGUCGAGGACGGCGCGCCCGCGCCCGCCAACAACGCCCCGCCGCCAGAUUUCUCCGCGGCCUACUUCGGCUACCACUUCGGGGCGCCGGGUUCCUCCUUCCACGGCGAGCCCCUGCCGCCUGAUCAGGCCAGGGCGGCGGCCGGGUACGCCGCGCCGCCGACGCGCUUCACCCUCGGAGGAGGAGCGGACGUCGGCCUGGUGGGUGGCCACGGCGCCUUCCCUAGAGCCCUGGAUGCCAGCAUGGGCGGCUUCGUGUACAACAGGGCAGGGAACGGCACCGGCAUUGGCUGGGGGCACCCUGGCCAUGGCCAUGCCGAGCCGUUCAUGCUUCCCGGGCAGCAGGCUGCCGCCCCCGCGGAGCACAACUGGGGCUAUCUUGGCAGCACCGGCCCCAUCGCCUUCGACCCCCGAGGCCGUUCACCGAAACAGCAAUGCGAGUACGGCGUGCCUGUGCCUGUGGCUGGGAACCGGUACACCAAAGGCUUCAAUCAGGUGGAGGUGUUCCGCCGCGAGGACGGUCAGAAUUUCGACGGGAAGAAGAACGUCCCUUUCCUGAACCGUGCCAAGGAGAGGAGGUUCCAGCAUCAUGGCAACAGCAGGGCGCUGGAGCUGGAGAGCCCCAGGAUGCUGAGGUACGAGAACAUGGUUGGGGUCAAGGGCUACAUCUACUUCAUGGCCAAGGACCAGAAUGGGUGCCGCUUCCUGCAGCAGAAGUUUGAGGAGGAGAAGCAUCACGUGGAUGUCAUCUUUGAGGGAAUCAUCGACCACAUUGCAGAGCUCAUGACCAACUCCUUUGCCAACUAUCUCAUUCAGAAGCUUCUGGACGUGUGUGAUGAGGAGCAGAGGCUCAGGAUCAUUGUUGUGCUCACAGAGGACCCUGUCAAGCUGCUCAGAAUCUCUCUCAACACACAUGGGACAAGGGCAAUACAGAAAUUGAUAGAGACUGUUAAGACGAGGAAGCAGAUAGCACUCAUUGUUUCGGCCCUAGAACCAGGCUUUAUGCAUCUUGUCAAUGACCUUAAUGGUAAUCAUGUCAUACAGAAAUGCUUGUCCAACUUUGGUGCAGAGGAGAACAAGUUCAUAUUUGACGCUGCUGCAAAUCAUUGUUUUGAAAUGGCAAUACAUCGCCAUGGCUGCUGUGUUUUACAAAAGUGCAUAACUAGUGCACGUGGUGAAAAUCAAGCAAAGCUAAUUGUGGAAGUGUGUGCUCAUGCCUUUCAGCUGGCUCAAGAUCCAUUUGGCAAUUAUGUGGUCCAGUAUGUCCUGGACCAGAGAAUUCCUUCUGCAAAUGCACACCUGGCAUCUCAGUUUGAAGGAAGUUAUGUUUAUCUCUCAAAACAAAAAGUGAGCAGCAAUGUGGUGGAGAAAUGCCUGAAGGUGUUCUCAGACGAGGACAAAGCUGCCAUUGUGUUUGACUUGAUCUCAGUGCCUCAUUUUGAGCAACUGCUGCAAGACCCUUUUGCAAACUAUGUUAUUCAUACUGCCCUUGUUAACAGCAGGGGCCAUGUCCAUAAUGCCCUUGUUGAAGCAAUCCGCCCGCAUGAAGAAGCCCUUCGAACCAGUCCCUGUUGUAAGAGAAUCUCUAGAGCUAUCUCUAGGAGGUGA